UCCGUCCCGCUCCUCUCCCCCUCCCAGAGUCCUCCCUCUCCUUUAUCCCAAAUCCGUGCGGGGGCUAUCGGGCUAGGGUUUCGGCGAAGGCUACGGCUACCAUGGCGGGAGCCGGAGGGGACAAGCGGGUGGAGCUCCUCCUACAGGGGUUUCGGAGCGACGGCACCGCGACUGGGGAGUACCGCCUCGUCCCCCCAUGGGAGCAUCAUCGUCUCCAACCGUGCGUCGCGGUGGCGUCCGUCUCCGAGGACGCUACGGCCUCCCUGCCGACGCCGCCAAACCCAGGAGGCGCCCCUCCGGUGUUGGAGAAGCUGUCGCUCAGCAUGGCGAGAGGAGGCGAUCGCGUGGCCUCGUUUGAGUUGGUGCCCGUCGCUUGUGCUGUGGAUUUCCAUAAACUGGGUUGUGCUUCCCACCUUACGCUGCGGAUAAAUCCGAUGGAGGGUCGGGCGAUUGUUCGCUUCUACAAAAACGAAGGAUCAUCAUCGCGAUGGGCGUCUACUUGGGUUUACUCAAUGAAUGCAGUUUAUCUUGAAGUCACUGAGAUAACAAAAGAUUUUGGAGAAGACCACCUCUAUUUUCAUGGCCCAGCUUCGGAAGAUAUACCAUGUCCCCCAAUGACAAUCAGUUUCCAGAAAAACUUUUCCUGUGAUGAAGAAAUAGGAAGUGGAUCAGAGGGCCAGGUCUAUAAAUGUCGCUCCGAUUUCAUGGGGCCAAAAAAGUUUGCUGUAGUCAAGCAAGUUCCCGAUACUUUUGAAUAUUUCAAGAAUCCUGAUCUUAGCUGUGAAACUAGUGAGGUGAACAUAUUGUCUAUGUUGAAUCAUGAUGGCAUCGUGCAGUUCUAUCAAGCAUGGACAGAGAAAAGAACAAUUUACAUUGGAAUGAAGUUGUGCAACAAGACACUAGAAAACUAUCUAAAGGAAACAUCUCAAGUUGACCUGGAAACAAGAAAAUCUAUUUUUAUGCAACUAACAGCUGCUGUGGAAUUUAUGCACCGAAAGGGAGUGGUGCAUAGGGAUAUUAAACCUGGCAAUGUGUUGUUAGAUAUCGAAAAAGAUGGGCUGACUGUUAGGCUUGCAGAUUUUGGAAUAUCUAAAAGAUUUGCACCACAUUCUGAUUUUCCUGGUGAUUGGUAUGGGAGUCUACCUUACCGUGCUCCUGAAAUAGUCAAUAGCUCCCGACGGCACAAUGAAAAGGUCGACAUAUUUUCAAUUGGAAUGAUCUACUAUGGACUUUUUAUUCCUGGAAUGUACAAGAGAAAAAUGAAGUUGGAUCAGCUCAGUGAAAUUAUUCGUAAAGGCAUAGCAAAAUAUGAUCAGAAAGGGCUCAUAUUUGAUCUCAAAGAUCAUCUAGAUGGUACAGAUAUAUUGGAAGACUGGGAAGGUGACUACAGAAUUCUGUAUCCAAUGAUCAGAUCAGAACCGAGUGAACGGCCAUCGGCUACUCAGAUAUUGGACCUGCUUGAUCUAGAGAAAGGACUGCACUUCAUGAAAGGAGUUGCUUGAUAUGGAGAUUGAAGAUUUGUGCUAGCUGAAAUACACCUCCAAGUACAUAUAAUAGGCAUGCAAAACAAUGAUACAUGGUAAACAUUCUGGAUGAUCUGCUUUGAUAAGAAACCGGGAUAAUGUUGUAUAGAUACGAACUUAGGCAUCGACGAACGUGAUAUUGGAUAGAUGAGGUGCAUUGACAUGUAUGUGAAGAUGUAUGUACAUGUUUCUACUGAGCCACUACUUGUAGAGACUAUGAAAGAAAAAAAAAGAAAGAAA